GUACCUGAAUUACGUGCGUAGCUUGUCUUCAUCCCAACAUCAUGACGCGCCAUCCAUCCUUGAAAAAACAUUCCUAUAUCCAUUUUUCUAUCAGUCCACAUUGUGCAGAUGCUCUGAAACUAAGAAAAUCGAUGCAAGAUGGUUUGACGGAGACGUUUGGCAUCACAGCAUCCGGCACGUAUCUCGAUAUCCUAUGGAUCGCUGAGAGUGGAUCAGACAUCGUCAUACGCAUCUCUAUAGAGGAUGCUCCAAAGCUUAUGGCGGCCGUUGUUAUAACGCCUGCCUCACCAAGGUUUUCAAUGAUUAAACACACAAAUUUCCUCCCAUCCUUACUGUCAAGAGAGAAGUUUACGUGAUGGGCCAUGGCAAUAAAUUCUAAAGUCCCCUGGACUGUUGCUUGCAACGAGCCAUUUUUCCUUUCUCUGUAAAGUCACAAGUGCCUGUUUCGCAAUCUCGUCAAUGCACCGGUACAAUGGUACC